GAAAGCAGACCAGGGAGCGAAGGGAUCGACAGGGAGAGGAGGAAACAAGCGACAGCAAUGGCGGGUGGCGAAGGAGACGUGAAGCUGCUGGGCCUGCGGCUGAGCCCGUUCGUGGCGCGCGUGCGCAUCGCGCUGGACACCAAGGGCGUGCGCUACGAGUACGUCGAGGAGGACCUCGCCGCCAAGAGCAGCCUCCUCCUCGCGUCCAACCCGGUGCACCGGAAGGUCCCCGUGCUCAUCCACGCCGGCAGGCCCGUCUGCGAGUCGCUCGUCAUCCUGCACUACGUCGACGAGGCCUGGCCCGGCGCCCGCGAGCGCGCCGCCGCGCGGUUCUGGGCCGCCUACGUCGACGGCGAGCUGUUCCCGGCCUGGGGCCGCGUCAUGAUGGCGGCGACGGAGGAGGAGCGCGCGGAGCGGGCCGGCGAGGCGGCCGGCAUGGUGGCGCGCCUGGAGGAGGCCUUCGCCGGGUGCUCGGACGGCGGCGACGCCGUGGGGUACCUCGACCUCGUGCUCGGGAGCAACCUGUUCUGGUUCGAGGCGCCGCGGAGGUUGCUCGGCGUGAGGCUGAUCGACAAGGGGAGGACUCCGCUGCUGGCCGCGUGGGCGGUGCGGUUCGGUGAAGCCGCGGCGGCGAACGGGAUGGUGACGGACGCGCUCGUUGACAUGGCGGUGGAGCACGCCAAGAAGCUCCGGGCUGCUGCCAUGGCUGCCGGCAAGUGAGAGGGCAGGGGCUUGAGAGUUUAGAGCUAUACUGCUAUUGGUCAGAGGUAGUUGAGUGGGAUUUAGUUUUGUGUAAGAAA